CCAAGGAGAGGAAGGAGUGAUGAAGCAUGUCCUAAAAAAAAAUGUUUAUGCUUCUGCUCCCAAAUCCACCGCACCAUCCCGGAGUCCCUCGCCGCCGAAACCCCUUCCCUCCCCCUCCUACCGAAGCGCGCCUGCCAUCUCGAAGCGGAGGAGCUCGCGCGGUUCUCUCCUGAUCUUCCUCCUCCGAUCCCUUCUGCAGCUGCUGGUGUGGCGUGGCUCGACGCGAUUCAUUUUGUUGAAAAAAAUUGGGGGUUCAACUGAACCCCCAUGCCCCGUGUUAAGCCCGCCCCUGUGAGGAGCUGGAGCUGGUGCUGGUGCCGGUGCUGGUGCUAGUGCUGGGGCUGUGGAGAAGAGCGCAGCAGAGGAGGAGCAGGGGUGGAGGAUGCUGAGCGUGGUACGGGUGCACCUGCCGUCGGAGAUCCCGAUUGUGGGGUGUGAGAUCACCCCGUAUGUGCUGCUGCGUCUGCCCAAUGGGGCCAUCUCCACCGAAGACGUACCUGAGACCGCGGCUGUUGAUGGUCACUUCAUGCGAUACAGAUGGUACCGCAUACAAAGCGAUCGGAAAGUUGCUAUCUGCAGUGUACAUCCAAUGGAGCAAGCAACAAUCCAGUGUCUAGGUUGUCUCAAGUCAAAAAUACCUGCUGCUAAGAGCUACCAUUGUUCUGCUAAGUGCUUCUCUGAUGCGUGGCAGCACCACAAGGUUUUGCAUGAGCGAGCUAGUAGUGCUUUAAAUGAAAAUGGAGCUGAAGAGGAGGAGCUAUUUGGUAGAUUUGGCAGUGGUAGUUCAGGGAUUCUCAGUUCUGGGUCUGGCUCAAUGUCAAAUCUUGGACAGAGCCCUGGUGUUAAUAAUGGACCUGUUCCUUUGUAUCCCUCGGGCUCUGACAAAAGCUCGGGUGAAACUUGGUUUGAAGUGGGACGCUCGCAGACAUAUACACCGACUGCAGAUGAUAUUGGCCAUGUUCUGAGAUUUGAAUGUGCAGCGGUGGAUACAGAAAAGAAAGUACCAGCAGGACCUCCAACUUCAAUUAUGACGUCACGUGUGAUUCCAGCACCAACCCCUACUCCACGCCGCCUUAUCCAAGUGAAUGGAGAUGUUUUGGGUCACUUGGAUAUGGACAGCCAGAGUUCUUCUUUCGGGACAUUCACAGUGCUGUCUUAUAAUAUUCUUGCAGAUGCAUAUGCUACAAGCGAUGCAUAUAGCUACUGCCCAACAUGGGCUCUUUCAUGGACUUACCGGAGACAAAAUUUGAUGCGUGAAAUUAUUGGUUAUCAUGCUGACAUCAUAUGUCUUCAGGAGGUACAAUUGAACCACUUCGAGGAUUUUUUUGCACCUGAGUUUGAUAAACAUGGAUAUCAGGCGCUUUACAAGAAAAGGACAACAGAGGUGUAUGCUGGAGUUCCUCAUGCCAUUGACGGCUGUGCUACUUUCUUCCGUAGAGACAGAUUUUCACACGUAAAGAAAUAUGAGGUCGAGUUCAAUAAGGCUGCACAGUCUUUAACAGAUGCGAUUAUUCCACCUGCACAAAAGAGGGUGGCUUUAAAUCGAUUGAUUAAAGAUAACAUUGCACUGAUUGCGGUCUUAGAAGCCAAAUUUGGCAACCAAGGAACUGAAAACCCUGGUAAAAGACAGCUCCUUUGUGUGGCCAAUACACAUGUAAAUGUCCACCAAGAUCUCAAAGAUGUCAAGCUAUGGGAGGUUCAAACACUUUUGAAAGGAUUGGAAAAGAUAGCUAACAGUGCGGACAUUCCAAUGUUGGUCUGUGGGGAUUUCAAUUCAAUCCCUGGGAGUACUCCACACGGGCUUCUUGCGAUAGGCAAAGUUGACCAAUUGCAUCCAGAUCUGGCCAUUGACCCCCUUGGAAUUUUACGCCCUGUGAGCAAGCUGACACAUCAGCUUCCUCUGGUCAGUGCAUAUUCUUCAUUUGCAAGGAUGGUAGGUGUCGGUUAUGAUUUGGAGCACCAGCGGAGGAGGAUGGACUCAGGAACAAAUGAACCACUUUUCACAAAUUGCACAAGAGAUUUCACUGGUACUGUUGAUUACAUAUUUUACACAGCGGAUUCGUUGUCAGUGGAGUCUUUAUUGGAGCUUCUGGAUGAGGAGAGCUUAAGAAAAGACACUGCUCUCCCUUCACCUGAAUGGUCAUCAGAUCACAUAGCACUCUUAGCAGAAUUCCGUUGCAAGCCUAGAAUCAGACGAUGAUGCCUUAGGUCGCAUACAGAUGGUCACAUCAGCGUCCAUGCUGGAGGUUUAACUUCCAUGGUGGAAGGUGGAUGUUGAGGAGGGGCAGACGCGAUCAUAUCGCCGGGGAAGCAGUCAAUCAGUCUUAGGAAACAACCUUGGGAAAAGAGAGGCUCGUGUAGUGUUGAUUAUUACCCUUUUUACAUUUCAACUCCAUGAUAUUUAAGCUGCCCCUUUGUAAUAUUAUACUUUAUAUAGAAGAGAAAUCCUUUUGAGAGAAAUAUUGAUAAUAGAUUCUGACACCCAUGGCUAGAUUUUUUAAGGUCUUUUUUUUCUCAGCUUGCCAUUUUUAUUUUGUUAGCGAUUUUUCGCUUGUUGUGGACUCGCAUUUAUUCCUACAAGCUGAGACUAGUGCGUCUAACUGUUAUGGAAUUGUAUUGAUGGUGGUGUGGUGUAAAUUCCAGGUAUUUGUGUA